AUGGUGGUCCAUGAGCAGCUUCUUGAUGAGGAGAAGCCCUACAAGUGCUUGGAGUGUGGGAAGAGCUUCAGGCAGAGCAGCACACUGAUCUGCCACCAGAUGAUCCACACUAGGUUUCACGCCAGGUCCCAUCUCCUUUUGCAUGAGCGAAUUCACACAGAUGAGAGGCCCUUCCGCUGCCCUGUCUGUGGCAAGGGCUUCAAGCAAAACUCCCACCUCGUCACCCACCGGCGCAUCCACACUGGGGAGAGGCCCUACGAGUGUCCCCAGUGUGGGAAGAGCUUCUCAGACAGCUCUAACUUCAUCAGACACCUGCGGAGUCACCGGUAA